AGGGAUGGAGGGAUGGAUGAGGGUUAGCCCAUCUUCCCCAAAGGCCAGCACCUCCCCACAUGGCCCUCUGGGUAUGCCCCCAGCCGGGGCAAGCAGCAGUUUGUGGCCAGUGCCUGGGUGGUUGCAACACCCCCAGGGUGGGGGGGCCGUGUGACUCAGCCCAGCCUGGCCACCAGUAGGAACCCUGAGUCAGGGCUGCGUGCCCAUGCUGUGCCGUGCCCCUCCCUGCCCGCCUCGCCCACCUUAUCUCCCGCCCUUAGCACCUGGCACACCUGGGCCAGGGGGGACUGGCGCCGUUCCCCUCCUUUAUGGGGAACAAAGGGCAGGGGAAGGGUUGGCAGCAGGUGCCACAUCCCUCCCUCCCKCUCUCCCUUCCUGCUGUCCUUCCCCCCUCUCACAGACGCUGUCCAGGGCCGUGUCCUCUGCUGGGGCAGCUGGGCAGCCUGAAGCAUUGUGGCAGUGCGGUGGGCAAUGCUGCCCACACCCCUGCUGCUGCUGGCAGUGUGCUGCCUGUGCUCUGGGCACUGGGCAGCCCCUGGUACCACAGCCGGCUCCUGCCCAGUACACGGUCCACAGUGAUGGGGGAGGUGGAACACCAUGUUGGUGAUGCCCCUCUGCCCACCUGCCAUCUCCACUGCCUCCCCAUGGGCUCUUGCACCACCCAGCUCUUUCCAUGAGCAUUGCUGGGGCUGAGCCAGAGACCCCUUGGGUCCAGCUGGGGCUCUUCCCCUUUCUGCCUGGCUUUCUGCUACAGACAGCCCCAGCGUGGUGCCUGGAGCCCAUCCAGGCCCAUAGCAGGGUGCUCCAGUGCAGGUGCCCCUGACCAGCCUGGCGUGGGUGGCCUGGGCGGGUGCUGGUGCUGGUGGUGGGGUGUGGGGCGCGCUCUCCAGGCUGCUAAUUGCUGUUUAGCUGGGGACGCAGAGGGUGUAAUUAUGGGGGGAUUGCGCGAACGUGCAGCCUUGGCCGGGGGGGCCCGCGAGUGCCCCUGCCCAGGGAAUGGAGGGGAUCAGGCAGCACAGUCCAGCUGGGCUGUUGSUGCUUCCCACAUUCCCCAGGGGACCUCAGGAACCCGCUCCAAGGGUAGAGCAGGACAGGAAUCCAURGGAUGGGGGGCGGGGGGGUGGCUCCAGGGCUGGCCGGGCAGGCCGCAGCACGCAGCACCAAGCCCAGCCCUGCUCCCGCCAAGCGCAGGCGCCCUCCCAGCCCGGCCAGGCUGGCCACGGCCAGUGGCGAGCACCCAGUGGCGAGCACCCAGUGGCGAGCGCCCAGUGGCGAGCACCCAGUGGCGAGCGCCCAGUGGCGAGCGCCCAGUGGCGAGCACCCAGCGCCCUGCCUUGGGGCGGGGGACAAGGUGAGGACAAUGGCCAGCCCAGAGGACGAUCUGAUCGGCAUUCCCUUCCCUGAGCACAGCAGCGAGCUGCUGAGCUGCUUGAACGAGCAACGGCAGCUGGGGCUGCUCUGCGAYGUCACCAUCAAGACCCAGGGGCUGGAGUACCGCACCCACCGUGCCGUCCUGGCCGCCUCCAGCCGCUACUUCAAGAAGCUGUUCGCAGGGCCGGGGCCAGGGCAGGAGGUCUGUGAGUUGGACUUUGUGGGGCCGGAGGCGCUGGGCGCGCUGCUGGAGUUUGCGUACACAGCCACGCUGACCAUCAGCAGCGCCAACAUGGGCGAGGUGCUGCGUGCUGCCCGGCUGCUGGAGAUCCCCUGUGUCAUCGCUGCCUGCGUGGAGAUCCUGCAGGGCAGCGGGCUGGAGGCUCCCGGCCCCGAUGAUGGCGACUGCGAACGCGCCCGCCGCUACCUGGAGGCUUUCUCCGCCCUCCCCGAGGGAGAGGUGCCGGCCCCGCCACCCCCCCGCCCCACCGCCCGCCGCAGCAAGAAGACCCGCAAGUUCCUGCAAGCCCGCGGUGCCCGGCUCAACAACCACGCCGAGGAGCCAGCCACUGAGGCUGAGGGCUGCGGCAGCCCCCCACCGCCGCCAGCACUGCCCUCGCCCCCGCUGCCCGAGGGGCUGCCCCUGCCCUAUGAUAGCUUUGAGCUGCCCGAAGAGGAGGAGCUGCCCCCACACCCCUUCCCCUUCCCCUACCAACCSCCGCUGUCCCCUGAGGAGGCCGCCUCUGACGAUGAUGCCAUCGACCCCGACCUGAUGGCWUAUCUGAGCUCGCUGCACCACGAGUCGUUGGCGCCUGGGCUGGACAGCCCGGACAAGCUGGUGCGGAAACGCCGCUCACAGAUGCCCCAGGAGUGCCCUGUCUGCCACAAGGUCAUCCAUGGUGCCGGCAAACUGCCUCGCCACAUGCGCACGCACACGGGGGAGAAGCCCUUCGCCUGCCAGGUCUGCGGAGUUCGAUUCACGCGGAACGACAAGCUGAAGAUCCACAUGCGGAAGCACACGGGUGAGCGGCCCUACUCCUGCCAGCACUGCAGCGCCCGCUUCCUGCACAGCUACGACCUGAAGAACCACAUGCACCUGCACACAGGCGCCCGGCCCUACGAGUGCUACCUCUGCCACAAGGCCUUCGCCAAGGAUGACCACCUCCAGCGGCACCUCAAGGGCCAGAACUGCCUGGAGGUGCGGACCCGCCGCCGCCGCCGCGAUGAGCCGCCCCCGCCGCCCGCGGGGCCCCCCGGCCUCGACUUCUCCAACGGGCGGCUGGAGGGGCUGCGCCUCUCCAUUUCCCGCUACUGGCCUCCAGGGCAGCCCGAGGAGGAGGAAGAGGAGCCGGAGGCCGAGGAAGGGCCGCAGCCAGAUAGCGCUGUGCCGGUGGAGACGGCAUAGAGCCGGUGCAACGGCAGGUGUCGUGCCGUGCCGUGCCGAGCUGUGCCGUGCCCGCUGGGGUUUCUGUUCCUGUUUUUCCCGUCACGGUUCAUUCCUAGUUAUGCAAAGGGGGAAACUCCCCUCGGCCGAUUUGCACAAGGGGGUGGGGGGCCCCUACCACUCGCCACCAUGCCCGGGCCCACCUGGUCAUGCCCAGGUGGGUGAAGGGGGUUUGGGACUUGGAUGUCCCUCCACCAAACCCCUGGUGGAUGCCAGGACCGGGCAGGGGCACCCAUGGACCGAGCCCCCUCCCCAGUUGGGGAGAGCCCCCCAUGCUCUCCCCAGUGUGGGGGAGCCACUGCCCUGCGCUGUGCAUAGCUUGUCCCCACCUCCCCACUCCGAGCAGCCCCUCCCCGGCGAGCCCCCCUCGCCCCUGCACUCCCGGCUGCUUUCUCUUGGUUGCACUAUUUGGGUGAGCCCACCCGGGUGUGGGGCAGCCCCGGCCCCCCCCGGACCCUUUCCCCUUCUGAAAUCCCCUGGCCCUGUGGGACCCCCCUUCCCUGGGGUGGCCAGGCCCCCACGGUCACCCCUCUGUCCUUUGCACAUGCCCCCCGCAGGGCRCAGCCUCUCGGGGGUGUAGGGGACCGGCACUAUUUGUCUACAAUAAGAGUUUUAUCUAUAUUUAAAAAAAGAUGAUGUAAUAUAUUCCCUCCCACAGCCCCUCCGCUGCCAACCACCAGCGCUGCCCGGCCCCCACAUCUGUCCCUUGCCAUGGGAUGCCGGGAGGGGUGAUGGGGCCGGGGGGGCUCUGCUCCCGUCAUGGCUUUAAAGUGCCUUAUGGUGAACUUGAACCUUUUCGGCUACUUGAACCUCUCUGGUGUCAGGAACCAAACAAAGCAUGGGCGGGCGGCCCCUGCCCCACCGGGCCACCUCUGCCUGUCUGUAUGUCUGUUUGUGUUUGUUUUUUUUUUUUUUUUUAAACAAA